AUGACUUCCACUACCGGCACCAAACAAACAGACCAAUGGUCUCCAACCGACUACGUCGCGCACGCAUCCUUCGUCCCCGCGCUCGCCACGCGCGUCGUCACGCUGCUCGAUCCGCAGGAAUCAGACACCAUCCUCGAUCUCGGCUGCGGCGACGGCGUGCUCAGUCUUGAGCUUGCGGCCCGGUGCGCACACGUGCACGCCACCGACUCGUCCGAGAAGAUGGUCGCCUACGCGGGCGCGAGAGCAGCUGCGAAGGACGACGGGAAAAUGAGGGUGCAGGUUAUCGAUGCUGCGACAGAGGUUGCGCAGCUCGUGCCGGCGGGGACGUACAACAAGGUCUUUUCGAGCGCGACGUAUCACUGGGUCUUUGGCUCUGUCCGCACCACCGCCGAGCGACAGCGCGCGAUCAAGGACGUCUACGAGAUCUUACCCUCCGGCGGCGUGUUUGUAGUCGAAUGCGGCGGGCAGGGAAAUAUCGCCGAGAUCCUUGUCGCGCUUACGAGCUGUGUGAUCAACGCGUGGGCGCGCAAGGGCGUCGUGCGCACGGCGGAGGAGAUCAGGCAGACGCUGUGGCCGUGGUAUUUUGUGUCGGACGCAGAGAUGCGCGAGUGGUUGACGAGCGCGGGGUUUACGAUCGACGUGCUCGAGAGCGAGUAUCGGCCGACGACGCUGAACGGGAGCGACGAGGGCAUGAAAGGGUGGUUGCAGACCUUUGGGUUUACGUUCUGGGCGGGCUUGAGCGAGAGUGAGAAGUGGGCUGCGAUCGAUGAGGCGGUGGAGAUGCUUAGAGGGGCGGACUGGGUUGAGUAUUCAAAGAGUUGGGUUGCUGGGUAUGUUAGAUGCAGGUUUAGAGCUGUGAAGAAGUAG